CACCACUUAGAGCCGUCGGCUUGGAACGACAUGAAUAUUUUAUCCGGCGACAAUCAAAAUACCGGGACCAGUGCCACGAGCUACCCCGGCGAAAUUCCAUCCUUGCCUUGGGAUAAUUAUGUGGAGUGAGGUUGGCCAGAGCCGAACCGAUGCUGAUAAUAGCAAAGGUUCAAAAGUCGAACUCGGGACGAAGUAGGUGUAUCUUCUUCGGAUCAAGGUCAACAAAAUGGCAGCUUUCACGAGGAUUGCCGAGGGUGACGUCCCCUCGAUCUCGGUUGACCCAUCCCAUGUCAUAUCACGCAUCAAUGACAACACCUACGGUGGAUUCACAGAGCAUAUGGGAAGAUGCAUAUAUGGAGGCAUAUAUGACCCUGGCAACCCACUCUCCGAUGAAAAUGGGUUCCGGAAAGACGUAAUUGAGGCUCUGCAAGAGCUUAAGGUUCCAGUCGUUCGGUAUCCCGGAGGAAAUUUCGUUGCCACAUACCAUUGGCUCGAUGGUGUUGGUCCUAAGGAUCAAAGACCUCGCCGCCGUGAACUCGCAUGGCAGGGGUAUGAAUCGAACGAAUUUGGAACAGAUGAGUUUCUUCGGUGGUGUGAGGUCGUCGGAACUGAAGCGUUCUUUGCCCUGAAUUUUGGAACCGGCACACUCGAUGAGGCAUUGGCAUGGGUUGAGUAUUGUAACUUGAGCAGCGAUACGCACUAUGCAAAUCUCCGGAGAAAAAAUGGUCGCGAGAAGCCAUACAAUGUCAAGUAUUGGGCACUUGGAAACGAAAUGUGGGGUCCAUGGCAAGUUGGCCAGAUGACGAAAGAGGACUAUGCAAAGAAAGCGUACCAAUGGGCCAAGGCCUUGAAGCUGAUGGACCCUUCUAUCGUUUUGAUUUUAUGCGGAGAGACCGGGCACAGCACAUGGGAUGCAUAUGUCUUGAAAGAAUGCAUCCGAUGGGACCUUCAUGGCCUUGGAGGAGACAUGACUGCAUCAUUGAUCGAUAUGCAUAGCAUCCACAUAUAUACCGCAUCGAAAGAACAUGUGAAGAAUGCGAUAGCUCCUCGAUCUGCCGAACGAGCAAUUGAGAUCACGGCGAGUCUGAUAGACCUCGCUCGAAUCGAGAACAAAGUUCCCUCAUCCGUGCCACGGCAAGGCAUCUGCUUUGAUGAAUGGAAUGUUUGGGAUCCUGCUCGAGCACCGGGUGAAGAGGGUGCAGAGGAAAAAUAUACGCUUUCGGAUGCUCUCGCCGUUAGUGUCUGGUUGAACGUUUUCAUCCGUCAGUCCAAGUACAUUAGUAUGGCCAAUAUCGCACAGUCGGUGAAUGUCAUUUCACCUUUGAUGACUACCAAGACCGGGAUCCUGAAACAGACCACGUGGUGGCCGCUUCUCUUGUUUUGCAAGUAUAUGCGUGGAUCCACGGUCGCUGUACAUGUUCGAUGCGAGGAAUACGACGGACCAACCGAACCGCUUUGGAUACGUGGUACAGUCGACACGCCAUGGCUGGAUGUCAGUGCCGCAAUCGAUGACCAGGGUGUAUUGAGCAUGGCUGUUGUGAAUGUCCAUGAAACCAAGAGCUUCAGUGUGGAUCUGAAGGGAAUCAAAGGACCAGUUGACGUCUAUACUGUGACGGGUUCGGACGUAGCAUGCGUCAAUACAGCCGAAGAGAGCGCUGUGGGGAUCUCGGAAACCAAGUGGGAUGGCAAUGGUCGGUUUGAAUUCCCGAAGCAUUCAUUGACCAUGCUGCGUUGGACACCAUAAUGUCUCUAUGUUGAUAGAUCGAGGUGUUUUUCUAGAUCAUCCCACCUACCCGAUCGGAGGGGAUCUAAUUGACGUAGUUUGGAAAGCCAGGUUCUCAUGUCCGUAUUGCUAUACACCUUGGAUCCUGCAUCGAGUGUCUGAUACUCUGCCGCAUACUUGAGCAGUGCUUGGUAUACCCAUUUGCAAUCGUCCCAGUCUUCCAGGAUCUCACGGAUUCGAGAGAUUUCUUGCUCGUAGUAGUGUACUC